AUGGAGGCUACCCCUAAGGCUGGGGGUGACCCUACUAGCCAAACACCCCCAGCUAGCCCAACGCUGGCGUGUCAGACAGGGCCUGGUGACGUGUCGGAGCAUUUGGGGGACAGCGCACCGGAUGCAGCCGGGGACCUCUCUUGGAGCCCGGGAGAGCGUGUCCUGCCAUCAGCAGAGACGGGCAACUGGGGCAGCAAGCCCGGACUGACGUGGGAGGCUGCAGGUCCAAAAGCCCAGGGGGAGGAAAGGGAGCCUGGGGGGUUUCUCCUGGCAGAGCAGAGCGAGGGCUGUGCCACUGGGGUGCCAGCAGAGGAAGAGGAGAGGCAGGGAGGCACGGCUGAGCUUGCCGUGGGUAGCAGCUCAGAGGAGCUGGUGGCGGCAGGCGAGGACACGGGCUCGCCGCAGCAGCAGCAGUGUGGCCAGGGGGUUGAGGAGGAAGAGGGGGGUCUCCGCAGCGACUCCCCAAAGGCAGAGCAGACCGGUGCCGGGACCCCAAGCCAGGCCAGCCCGGGUGCUGAGAAGAGCUGGGACGCGCUGUUCAAUGACGACGGGGACUGCCUGGACCCGCGUCUGCUGGAGGAGCUCUCGGGGGGUGAGAAGCGCCGGGAGAGCCAGCAGUCACCCCGCUUCGACUACUAUGGGGCUGAGCCCGCCGCACUGGACCUCAGUGAUGCUGAGCUGCCCCACGUCAUCGAGAUCUAUGAUUUCCCCUCGGACUUCCGCACUGAGGACCUGCUGCGUGUCUUCUGCAGCUAUCAGAAAAAAGGCUUUGAUAUUAAGUGGGUAGACGAUACACAUGCCCUGGGGAUCUUCUCCAGCCCCAUAACAGCACGUGAUGCCCUCAGCACCAAGCACCUGAUGGUGAAGACUCGCCCACUAUCCCAGGGCACUCGUGCCUCUAAAGCCAAAGCUAGGGCGUAUGCCGACUACCUGCAGCCGGCCAAGGAGCAGAGGAAGCGCCUGGAGAACAAGCAGCGGGAGGAUGCCUGGGAGGGCCGGGAGUGA